CGUGUGAGUACUUUUUGGUUUAGAUAGCAUUAUAAAUUAGUUUGCUAUUAAACUGCUGAUCACCUGUAGCUGUCUAAUGGCAUCAUGGGAUAUUUAAAUCAUCUGGUGAGGCCGCAGCAGAAAAAGAAUCAGACAGCACAGAAUUUAAUCAAAGAGUUCUCUGAAGUAAAAUCACACUAAUCUGCAAGCCAACUGCAUUACACUUUAAGCAAUGCUUGUUUGGGAAUGAAGGACAUAAGUCGGAAUGCAUCAGCCGAGCUAAACGAGACGAUGCAGUCUGCCACCCCAGUCGGUUACCCCCCAGUCUCGCACUCUGUAGAACCAGGGAUGUCAUCACAGUCGCUUUACCCGCAGUCCUACAACCUGCCCCACUACGAUGGCAGCUCGACCUUGCCCAACCCAUACUCCAGAGACAGCAUGUUUAGUAACCCGACAUCGAGCUCUACUUCUCUACCCUUUGGGGGUUUAAACGAAAUCACACCCACUUUAUUUGGCUCCGGGAUGUUAGGAACGCACCCAUACCACCCCCCAUCCCAUCCUCUACAUAUACCGUCCCGUACCGGCCCUGGAAUUCUGAACUAUGGACAGUCAGGCAUACCCCCAUCAUCCCAGCAUCAUUUAUUUCCAUCACCCUCUGCUUACCCAGGAUACCCCAGCCCCUUACCCAUGGGGUUAUCCCACAGUCAAUCCAUGGCGGAGAGAUACUUGCUGUCCAAUCCUUCACAUAUGAUGUCCAGGUUUCCUGGACUCCACCCUCGCGCUGGGUCUCCACUUACAGGAUAUGGAGUACCUGGUGAUACCUCCAGCCUGCGACCUCCCUUCACUUCCCCUCUCCUGCCAGACCGUAAAAGUGGCAUUUCACAGUCACCACUCACAAGUUUGGCAAACGGUUCAGAUUUAGAUGUAAGAGGAGACCUUAAUAAUUCUCGGAAAAAGAGGAAAGCAUGUGGACAUUGUGGGCCGUGCCAACGAAAGGAGAACUGUGGUUCAUGUAUGAACUGCAUCAAUCGUGCCAAAGGCAAACAGAUCUGCAUACACCGCAAGUGUGAGGUUUUAAAAAAGAAGCCUGGGACCUCCCCCUACCUGCCCCCAACAGACUCCGCUCCUUCGAAGCAAGAAAAACGAAAGUGAUUGUACAAGCCUUUGUUUGAAUCCAGCAUUUUACUUCUACCUUUGUGAGUUUUAUAAGUACUACAUUUCAACUCAAUUUGGAA